AAAAAUUUAAAUUUCGAAAAAAUUGUAUUAUGGAAAAAUGCUUGUGAUAUUAGCUAUUAUUGCUAAAAAAUUUGGAUUUGAUUAUUACUCUUUUCUAUUUAAACAAAUUAACAAGAUUGAAAAUGCCUCGAAAUUAUAAAAGAAAAACAAACAGACAAAGUUGGUCAGAAGAAAGCAUGAAAAAUGCAAUAAUAGAUGUAACCAGUGGAAAAUGUGGUUUCAAAAAAGCAUCACAAGUCUAUGGAGUUCCAAAAUCCACAUUAGAAUAUCGUAUAAAAAUUUAUCGAAAUGAAAAAGAUUUAGAAGUUGCAGCUCGAAAAGGUUUAGGUAGAUUUAAAUCAGUUUUCAGUCUCGAAAACGAAAAAUUAAUUAUUGAAUAUAUUAAAUUAUUAGAGCAACGAUUAUUUAGUUUAAGUCAUAGAGAUAUAAGAAGUUUGGCUUACGAAAUGGCUGAUAAAUAUAAUUUACAAAAUAACUUCAAUGAAGAAACUAAAUUAGCAGGAAAGGAUUGGCUUCAUAACUUUCUUAAUCGUCACAAUGACCUGUGUUUGGAUAAAAAACCUCUUUUAGAUUUUUAUGAUAUUUUAGAAAGACUAAUUGAUCAAAAUUCUAUUACUGCUUCGCGAAUAUAUAAUGUUGGUGAAGUGAGCAUUACCACAGCUGCUACACGUCAAUCACAAAUUUUAACAACCAAAAAUACAAAACAAAUACGAAAUUUCAAUCUUGUUGAUGAAGAACAAGUAACAACAAUAUUGUGUUUUUCAUCUACAGGAUACUACGUACCACCGCUCUUUAUAUUUCCAAGAGUUCAGAUGAAAGCAGAACUUUUAGUAGGUUUUCCUCCUGACUCUGUAGUUGUUUGUCAUCCAACUGGUCUAAUUCAAAGUGAAAUAUUUGUUGAAUGGCUCCAACAUUUUAUUUCUCAAGUUCAUCCCUCCAAAGAGCAACCAGUUUUGUUAUUGUUAAAUGGUCAUACAAAUUAUUCCAAAAGUUUUCAAUUCCUCGAACUUGCUAAGAACAAUGGUAUAAUACUGCUCUCAUUUCCUUUGGAUUUUAUACAUACAAUGCAACCACUGUACGUUAGUUUUGUAGCUCCUUUAAAUUCAUAUUACACUGAAGAAGUUACGACAUGGUUGAAUAAUCAUCCUGAGUGUGUUGUCACACAAUAUCAAAUAGCAGAACUUUUCGGCAACGCUUAUCUAAAAGCUGCAUCUUUAUUCAAUGCAAUGAUAGGAUUUAAAAAUACUGGAAUCCAACCACUAAAUCGAUAUACUUUAUAUAAAAAUGAUUAUGCACCUUCUGAAAUGACUAAAUGGCUUUUAGACCAAGCAGAAAGAAAUUUGUCGUUAGUUAAAACAGAAAAUGACAAAGUAUCAUUUUGUGAUCUUACUCAGUGUUAGUGAUAGUUUGAGAAAAUUCUCUUAAUUAAUUUGGAAUCUGAAUUAUUAUUACUUUAAAAAAUAAACUUAUUCAUUUGGAAUUAUAAUUUUGUAAUUAUAUAAAGUAUAUAAAACUAAUGCCAGAAUGAAGAUAGAAUUAUUGAUUUAUGAAUAACUAUUAAUUCUUGCCAUUCAUAAAUUUGAUUUUCUUAAUACA